UGUGGAUGUAAGGGAAGGCAAAAUAAGGGUCAGGGUCAGUGUCAGAGAAGUGGUAACAGGACCGGUUGUGCCAAGGGGAAUCAGUCAUUAUUCAGGCCUGCUUGUCCUGGAGGCUUGAGACCUCAGCUACUGGAUCAGAAAGUGCUUGAGAAUAACAGGAUUCCAGGUCUAAUCUCCAAAUAGGUUUGCAAAUCUCAUUUUACAGAUGAGGAAACUGAGGCAAACAGGGUAUUUCAUCAGUGCCUCUGAGUCAUGAUGGAGCAGAUGUUGUUCUGGGCACUGUUCCUUUUACUUGGUAAUUUCUGCCUAGCAGAUCUGCCAAAGAAGCCAGAAAACAUUUCCUGCAUUUUCUAUUAUGAGAAGAAUUUCACUUGUACUUGGAGUCCGGAAAAGGAAGUCUAUCCUACAGUCUACACUGUCAAAAGAACUUUCUUAUUUGGAGCAGACAGAGACUCUUGCACAAGUGAAAAUCGUACAUCAUGUUCUUUCUUCUUCCCGAAUUUGCCAUAUCCUAAUAAUUACUCCAUUGAAGUGGAAGCUAAAAAUGUUUUUGGUGAGCACAAGUCUAACGUCACACAUUGGUACUUGGAAGACAUAGUGAAAAUAGAGCCACCUACCAUUCUAACUGUGGAACCAAUCCCAGGUGUUAAACAUAUGCUUCAAGUAGCAUGGAGAAAACCUGAGGGGGUACCUUUUUCAGAUUCAUAUAUAUGCCACCUGAGAUAUAGGAGAGUGAAUAGUACUAAGUGGAAGCCAGUCAUCCAAAGAAUGGAAAAUGAAAGACCAUACAAUCUCACUGGACUGCAGCUUCUGCAGCAAUAUGCUGUGUCCAUGCAAUGCCGUGUGGACACCUCAGAGUUAUGGAGCAGCUGGAGUGAAGAGAGAAUAGGGACAACUGAGGGACUAGCUCCAAAUUCCACCUUGGACCUGUGGAGAGUCCUUGGGCCAGCCCAGCCUGAUGGAGGGAGGACAGUGCAACUGUUAUGGAAGGAGGCAAGAGCGGACCCAAGAAUAAGGAAAACACUUGGCUACAACAUCUGGUACUUUCCAGAAAAUGAGACUGCUGCUAAAGAAACAAACACCACGGCCAAUCAACAGUUUAAAUUACAUCUUGGAAGCGGUGCCUACCUGGUGUCUGUGGUGUAUUAUACAUCUGAUGGCGUAUCUCCAGAGGCGACAGUCAGAAUACCAGCUGUUCACGAAAAAUCUCUCCAGCGCAUUGAGGCUAUGCAGGUCUACCGAUCUCAGGACCACCUGGAGGUGAAGUGGCAGACCUCAGCUGCAGAAGUUGACAGAUGGGUAAUUGAGUGGUACCCAGAUUUGGAGACAGAGAAUUUGGAGAGAUCCUGGGAAUUUGUCUCACAGACCAGGAACUGGACAGGAAGGGCAGACGACUUUUUGCCAUUCUGGUGUUAUAACAUCUCAGUGUAUCCAGUGGUGGGAGUUGAUGUCGGCGUUCCCCAUUCCAACCAGGCUUAUUUCAAAGAAGGGAUCCCAUUAGAAGGUCCAUUGGCUAAGGCUCAAAAUAUCACUGCCCAGACAGCUACAAUAAAAUGGGAAGAGAUUCCCAAGAUCCAGAGAAGGGGCUUCAUCACUAACUACACCGUGUUUUAUAUAUCUGACCGUGGAAAAGAAUUUGCUAGGACAGUCAAUUCUAGUAUUUUGCAAUGUGAAUUGGAGUUCCUGCAAAGGAACACUCAGUAUACCGUCAAGGUCAUGGCCAACACCUUGGCCGGAGGCAAGAAUGGAACAAGUUUCAAUUUCAAGACUUUAUCGAUUGGUAUAAUUGAGAUUGUGCUUUUAGCCUGUAUCAUUGGAGGUAGUCUUUUUUUCCUUGGUAUCCUGGUAAUGGUGUAUAGUCUCACCAAACCCAAAUUUAAACGACUAGUUUGUCCAGAAAUCCCCAAUCCUGCAAAGAGCAAUGUAGUCUUAUGGCAUGGUGACAAUUUCAAAUCCAAGCUGCAUCUUGGAGAGGUCCAGUUCCAUGGCAAGAUGAUGGCAGUUGAUGAGAGAAUUCCAAAACCAUGCUUGUCUUCCUCUGGUGAUUUGAUUGACAAGUUAGUGGUGGACUUUGAGAAUUUCCUGGACAAAGCUGAGGUUCACAGAGUAGAAAUGAUGAAGAUGCCGGAAAACAUUUUGAGUGGGGAAAAUAAGGAGUACGUGAAUUCUACAUGUAAUUUUUACAGUCCUUCAGGAAAGGUUUUCCAAGGACUUUCAUCUUCAGCCUUGAUUCCAUUGGAAGAGACAGAAGAGCAGUGUUCAGAAAGACCAGAUGAAGAAACCAAAGAUAAAUCCUGCCAGCGGCCAAAUGCUAGUGGGAUUCUAGAGCCGGAGCAGCAACCCUGGGAAGAAGUUGGAUUGAAUCCAUAUUUGAAAAAUUCAGUGACAACAAGGGAAUUCCUCACCUCUGAGAAAUUUUCUAAUCCAAUUACGAAGAAGAUUAAAAUGCAACCAUAGUCUG